GGCGUCUGUGUCAGCAGGCCCACACCAGGCCGCAACAAUGGCCGCCGCCAAUGUCCCAGUCCCUGGAGAGGUCUCACCCCUCACUGAGAUGCACUCAGGGCCUAUUAGCAGGGUCUCCUAUGGUGGACAGGUUUCAGCGAAGCUUCCAGACUAAGACAGACUAGGAUGAAGGAGCUGGCCACCCACUUCCAAACAAUUGGCCAUGAAAACCCUGUGAAAAGCAGCAGAGCAUUGCCUGAUAUGGUGCUGGCAGUGAUUUAAAUUUUUGAAAUGCUUCCAUUAAUUGGAAAAACAAUCAUCUUUGAUAACUUUCCUGAUCCUUCUGAUACAUGGGAAAUCACCGAAACAAUCAGCAAAGGAACUUAUGGGAAAGUCUUUAAAGUGUCGAAUAAGAAAAAUGGCCAAAAAGCAGCAGUCAAAAUUCUGGAUCCGAUUCAUGAUAUUGAUGAAGAGAUUGAAGCAGAGUAUAAUAUCUUAAAAGCACUUUCUGACCACCCUAAUGUGGUCAAAUUCUAUGGAAUGUACUUUAAGAAGGAUAAAAUAAAUGGAGAUAAGCUAUGGCUGGUUCUUGAGCUGUGCAAUGGAGGAUCAGUGACUGAUCUUGUGAAAGGAUUUCUGAAGAAGGGCAAAAGAAUGAGCGAGUCCAUAAUUGCCUAUAUUUUACGUGAAGCGCUAAUGGGACUUCAACAUUUGCAUAACAACAAAACUAUCCACCGUGAUGUAAAAGGAAAUAACAUCCUGUUGACCACCGAAGGUGGAGUUAAACUUGUAGAUUUUGGUGUGUCUGCACAGCUCACCAGCACCUGGCACCGUCGGAAUACAUCCGUAGGAACACCGUUUUGGAUGGCUCCUGAGGUGAUUGCGUGUGAACAGCAAUUGGAUACCACUUAUGAUGCCAGAUGUGACACGUGGUCCCUGGGGAUCACGGCCAUCGAGCUGGGGGAUGGAGAUCCUCCACUAGCUGACCUGCAUCCCAUGAGAGCACUCUUCAAAAUACCAAGGAAUCCUCCCCCAAAACUAAGGAAGCCUGAGAUGUGGUCAGCAGAAUUCAAUGACUUCAUUAGCAAGUGCUUGACUAAAGAUUAUGAAAAGCGUCCAACAGCGUCAGAUCUUUUACAGCAUAACUUCAUUACUCAAAUUGAGGGCAAAGAUGUGAUGUUGCAAAAACAGCUCAUGGAAUUCAUUGACAUUCAUCAAUGCAUGGGAGGCACAGAAAAGGCCAGACAUGAACGUAUUCACACCAAGAAAAGUAACUUCAGCAGGCCUCUGAUUUCCAGCCUGAAGGAUGUGGAUGAUUUGGCAACUUUAGAAGUUUUGGAUGAGAAUACCGUCUCAGAGCAACUUGAGAAGUGUUAUUCAAGAGAUCAGAUUUAUAUCUACGUGGGAGAUAUACUUAUUGCUCUUAACCCUUUUCAGAGUCUGGGUCUUUAUUCUACAGAGCAUUCCAAACUAUAUAUUGGAGCAAAGAGAACUGCCAAUCCUCCUCACAUUUUUGCGAUGGCUGACUUAGGAUACCAAUCUAUGGUAACAUACAACUCAGAUCAGUGCAUUGUUAUUUCUGGAGAAAGUGGUGCUGGAAAGACAGAAAGUGCUCAUCUUUUAGUUCAGCAGCUGACGGUGCUUGGGAAGGCUAAUAAUAGAACCCUGCAAGAAAAGAUUUUACAAGUGAACAAUUUGGUGGAAGCCUUUGGCAAUGCCUGCACUACUAUAAAUGACAAUUCCAGCCGAUUUGGAAAAUAUUUAGAAAUGAAAUUUACCUCUUCUGGAGCUGUAGUGGGAGCACAGAUUUCUGAAUACCUUCUGGAAAAAUCCCGAGUUAUCCACCAAGCCAGUGGAGAAAAAAACUUUCAUAUUUUUUACUACAUCUAUGCUGGUUUAGCUGAAAAGAAGAAACUAGCUCAUUACAAAUUGCCUGAAAAUAAGCCUCCCAGAUAUCUACAAAACGACCACCUCAGAACAGUACAGGACAUGAUGAAUAAUAGUUUCUAUAAAUCCCAAUAUGAAUUAAUUGAGCAGUGUUUCAAAGUCAUAGGUUUUACAAUGGAGACAACUGCAGAUGCUGAUUGCAGAGCUCCUCCUUUUUGCCCAUCAGUUCCUAUUUGCCUGCAACUUGGAAGUGUAUACAGUAUUCUUGCUGCAAUCUUGAAUGUUGGAAACAUUGAAUUUUCUUCUGUGGCAACUGAACACCAGAUUGACAAGAGCCACAUUUCCAAUCACGCAGCUCUGGAGAACUCUGCUUCUUUGCUUUGCAUUCAAGCGGAUGAGCUACAAGAAGCUCUCACCUCCCACUGUGUGGUCGCUAGAGGAGAAACCAUUAUACGACCCAACACUGUAGAAAAGGCUACUGACGUCAGAGAUGCUAUGGCUAAAACUUUGUAUGGGCGUCUCUUUAGUUGGAUAGUCAAUCGCAUUAACAGCUUGCUGAAGCAUCACACAUCACCAAGUGGGAAUGGUGAUGAACUGAGCAUUGGCAUUCUGGAUAUAUUUGGCUUUGAAAAUUUCAAAAAAAAUUCCUUUGAACAGCUGUGCAUUAAUAUUGCAAAUGAACAAAUUCAGUACUAUUUCAAUCAACAUGUGUUUGCAUGGGAGCAGAAUGAAUACCUAAAUGAAGAUGUUGAUGCUAGAGUUAUUGAAUAUGAAGAUAACCGACCCCUCCUAGAUAUGUUUCUGCAGAAGCCAAUGGGUUUACUAUCCCUACUUGAUGAAGAAAGUAGAUUUCCCAAGGCAACCGACCAGACUCUUGUAGAAAAAUUUGAAGGUAACCUGAAAUCACAGUACUUCUGGAGGCCCAAAAGAAUGGAACUUAGUUUUGGAAUUCACCAUUAUGCAGGAAAGGUCCUCUAUAAUGCAAGUGGGUUCUUAGCUAAAAACAGAGACACUCUUCCAACUGAUAUUGUGCUGCUCUUGAGGUCAUCAGAAAACAGUGUAAUCCGGCAACUAGUCAACCACCCUCUGACAAAAACAGGUAAUCUGCCACAUUCUAAAACUCAAAAUAUAGCAAACUAUCAAAUGAGGACUUCGGAAAAAUCAAUCAACCUGAAAAAGGGUGAAACUGGAAAAGCCACACGUCAUGCCAGAGAGACGACCAACAUGAAAACACAAACAGUUGCAUCUUAUUUCAGAUAUUCCUUGAUGGAUUUGUUAUCUAAAAUGGUGGUGGGCCAACCUCAUUUCGUCCGUUGCAUCAAACCAAAUAACGAACGUCAGGCAAGAAAAUAUGACAAAGAGAAAGUCUUGCUACAGCUUCGCUACACAGGAAUUCUGGAAACAGCAAGAAUUCGAAGGCUAGGAUACUCACAUCGGAUACUUUUUGCUAACUUUAUAAAGCGAGAAAAACUCCAGCCAGAGACACAGCGUACCUCAAGGAAACACAACGAUGGAAGGUACCAUGUUCUCUGCUACAAGUGGAGUGAAGAGCCCCCUGUGAGCCCUGACACCUGUGCUGCCAUUUUGGAAAAAGCUGGUCUUGAUAACUGGGCUCUUGGGAAAACCAAAGUGUUCCUUAAAUAUUAUCAUGUGGAACAGUUAAAUUUAAUGCGAAAGGAAGCCAUUGACAAGCUUAUUUUGAUUCAAGCCUGUGUCAGAGGAUUCUUGGUUUCAAGAAGGUACAAAAAAAUACAGGAGAAAAGGAAAGGGAGCGCCAUAAUUAUACAGUCAGCUGUAAGAGGACAUCUAGUCAGGAAACAAAGAAAAAUUGUUAACACGAAAAACACGGCAGUAACAACCAUUCAGACUCAUGGUCAGGAAUUUGACUACAAGAGAAACUUUGAAAAUAAAAGGGAAUCUUUUGUGAAGAAACAGACAGAAAAUGCAGUCUCUACCAAUGAAACAGUCAUUCCCGCUCCAUAUAAUCAAGGAGGUACAUCCAUAGUGAAGACUUCCACUUUCAAAGCUGAAGAGGAAGCCAUGAAUACUGUCGAAAAUAACAACAGAGAAUAUCAAACUCAGAAAAAAAUGAAUAACGUGUGUGGGGAAGAAGCUAAGCAAGAAUUGUAUGUGGUGGGGGACCCUUGGGGAGAAGUAAGCCCCAAGCAGAAGUAUAUCGAAGACCUGGAAGAGAACAGUGAGGUAAGGAAAGUGGAGAAGGAGGACACUGUGAUCCAGACUCACUAUCAGAGGUAUACAGAGGAAAGGAAUCGUGGGGAAUCAAAAGCAGCGUAUCUAGAAAGGAAGGCCAUGUCAGACAGGCCAAGCUACCCAGGACUUUGGUUAGCUGAGAAUGAGACUAAACAGCCUUCUUUUAAAAAAACUUUGGAACCUAGUCUUAGCCAAAGCUCAGUUUAUCAAAAUGCAAAUAGCGAGGAAAAAGAAAAGAAGACAUCUGUGGUCACGCGGAAUGCACCAGUAUGUGGCCAGCAGAGAAGCCAUCUGAGCCAUGGGCCCGCCAGAGAGAGGCCAGUGGACCCAAUGAGAGAAGCCCAGGAGGAGGAUAAAGCAGCAGUGUUCAUUCAGAGCAAAUACCGGGGUCACAAGAGAAGGCAGCAGUUAAGGAAGGACAGGGUAUCUUCUUUUAAAAACCAGAAGAUGGUGGCAACACCAACAGAAGUAGCGAGAAAUGCUCACAAUUUGUAUUGCUAUUCCGCAAAGCAUGAGGAACCCUGUGAUAUCAGGAUGAAGGGUAACAAGCACUCAAAAGCAAUUUCAGAAAAAGGAGCGUGUGAUUUGGCAAUAUUUUCAAAACAGAUAUCAAAGUUAUCUGAAGAAUAUUUCAUUCUGCAGAAAAAACUGAAUGAAAUGAUUUUGUCACAGCAAUUGAAGCCUUUUUAUCUGGGUGUCUAUGCUUAUAAGCCUAUUAAUAGACGAGUUUCUUCUCAACAGUGCCUCUCAGGUAUCUCUAAAGGAGAAGAGCCAAAAAUAUUGAGACCCCCAAGACGGCCCCGGAAACCCAAAACAUUAAAUAACCCCGAAGACUCCACAUACUAUUAUCUACUGCAUAAGUCAAUUCAAGAAGAAAAACGAAGACCAAGGAAAGAUAGUCAGGGAAAAUUAUUAGAUUUGGAAGAUUUCUAUUACAAGGAAUUUUUGCCCAGUCGUUCUGGACCAAAGGAACAUAACCCUAGUUUAAGAGAACGAAGACAACAGAGAGAACUCCAGAAUCAAUGUUUUAAGGCUGACGAAAGGUGCUGGGCGGCGGAGGACCGGGAGGAGGAGGAGAAGGCGCCGGCAGCCGGCCCCUACGACUACAGGAGGCUCCUGCGCAAAACCUCCCAGCGCCGCCGCCUCGUUGAGGAGGUGUAGCCCCGCUGCUCGGCUGCACCGCCGUCGGAAUGUGCCCGAGACUGCGGGCCGCGGGGGCCAAAGCGGGGGACCCUCAGGCGCUGGCGCCACCCCCGCUGAAGCCGCGGCCCUGACCUUGGCAGGAGCUGCCCGCUGCGCUCGCCCCUCGAGUGCCCGGGCCAGCCUUGGCGGCUCCGAAGGCGGAGAACUGAGAGCCCUUCGGCCGCCGCGUCUCGGCGCUCCCGCACCCUGCGCUCCCACCAGGCGGCCAGUUGGGGCAUCCCUGGCCCACAGUGUCUCUCUCUUUGUUCACUUGUUUGCGAGUCCUUCUGUGGACCCGACUGCGCCUGAGCUCUCACCGACGCCUCUUCUCUCAUUUUGAGUGACUUCAAAGAUUUCUUCCAUCUUGGCUCUCCCAGGCCCGCGGGACACUCGCGGACGGGUUGAGUCCGUGCGAACAGAACAAAGCCCCGACGGGAGGAGGGCCGGGGAGGGGGUAGCUUUGAAGAUGACCUUCUUCUCAAACUCAAGCUCUGUCUUCCCUUGGUUAUUAAAGUUACUAAAUAAAGGAAGUGCCUUGUAAAA